AUGGUCCAACAAUAUAAGCUCAAGAAUGUCUCGUCUUUCGCAGAUGUUAAGGAGCUAGACAAGGUUGAAUGUGAUGUCGAAGGCAUCGAGGAAGGCAAGGUCCUCCUGGUUCGUCAUGAGGGCAAGGUCCAUGCUAUGACCCCCAAAUGCACCCAUUACGGUGCCCCCUUGAAGCUCGGGGUGUUGGCCCCGGAGGGCCGCAUCACUUGCCCCUGGCAUGGAGCCUGCUUCAACGUCGUCACCGGUGAUGUCGAAGAUGCUCCGGCGCCGAAUGCCCUGAAGAAAUUCGAUGUUUUCGAACAGAAUGGUGCCGUUUACAUCAACGCAGAGGAGUCGGACAUCAAGGCUGCUCAGCGAGAUCCUGUAAUGAAAUGCAAGGCGUCCGACUCGGAUAGACUAGUCAUUGUUGGCGGUGGAAGUGGAACUUUCGGCGUGAUCCAGGCGAUCCGUGAAUUGAACUACGCCGGUGCUGUGACCGUCAUCACACGGGAGCCGAAUCUCAUCAUCGAUCGGACUAAGCUGUCCAAGGCGUUGAUCGCCGACCCAGCGAAAAUUCAAUGGCGACCUGAGGACUGGUACAAGGAAGCCUCCAUCGAGGUUGCCCACGAUGAUGUGGUCGGGGUGGACUUUGAUAAGAAGACCGUAUCCACUAAAUCUGGCAAGUCGUACCCCUACACCAAAUUAGUGCUAGCCACGGGAGGUGUGCCGCGCACUCUUCCCUUGGACGGGUUCAAGGAUCUUGGUAAUAUCUUCGUGCUUCGUACCAUUCCCGAUGUGCAGGCCAUUCACCGCGCGUUGGGUGAGCAAAAGAACAAGAAGGUUGUCGUCAUCGGCAGCUCGUUUAUCGGCAUGGAGGUGGGCAACUGCCUUGCAAAGGAUAAUGAAGUCACCAUCGUCGGCAUGGAAAAAGCCCCUAUGGAACGAGUCAUGGGUGAACAGGUCGGCCGCAUAUUCCAGAAGAAUCUGGAGAAAGCGGGCGUCAAGUUCAAGCUGAACGUGGGUGUCUCCAAGGCCACGCCCUCGAGCUCUGAUUCUAGCAAGGUUGGGGCAGUUCAUCUCGACGAUGAAACGGAGCUGCAAGCGGAUCUGGUGAUCCUUGGGGUCGGUGUGCGUCCCGCGACCGACUUCCUCAAUGAUAACCCAGCCAUUACUCUUGAGAAGGAUGGGUCUAUCAAGACGGAUGAACACUUCGCGGUGAAUGGUUUAAACAACGACGUCUUCGCCAUUGGCGACAUUGCCACCUACCCGUACCACGGCCCCGGCGCUGAUCAGGACAAGGGGAGCUACACCCGUAUCGAGCACUGGAACGUGGCUCAGAAUGCCGGUCGGGGCGUGGCCCGUGCCAUUGUUCACAGCCUGAAAGCUGGAUCCUUGCAGUCCCUGAAGCCCAAGGCAUUCAUCCCGAUCUUCUGGAGUGCCCUAGGGUCUCAGUUGCGCUACUGUGGUAGCACAGUGAACGGCUGGGACGAUCUGAUCUUGCAAGGAGAGCCCGAAAAUGCUAAGUUCGCGGCCUACUACACGAAGGGAGAGACUGUAGUGGCCGUGGCAACGAUGGGGAUGGAUCCGAUCAUGGUCAAGUGUGCGGAGUUGAUGCGGCGGAAGAAUAUGCCGACCAAGUCGCAGAUCCAGGGUGGGGCAGACAUCAUGGCUGUCGAUGUUCCUACUUCAGUGAGGAUCUGA